UGCAGUUCCAAAGCAAAAAUUUUAAAAUUGCAUUUAAAUUUAUAAAUAAUUAAGUAUAAUGGCAUCUGCACCGCAAAGCAAACGGCAAAAACUAUCCGAACCGCAAUGUGUGGAGGAUAUUGUACCGUUAAACUAUAAGGAACUGGAUAUUAUCGGCACAGGCGCCUAUGGCACAGUUUAUCGGGCACGCGACAAUAUCACCGGGCACUUCGUGGCCAUUAAGAAGGUACGCAUUGCACUCACCGAGAAUGGAGUGAGUGCGUCCACGCUGCGAGAGAUUUCGCUCCUUAAGCAGCUGAAUACAUAUGAUCACGCGAAUAUUGUCAAACUGCUCGACGUAUGCCAGUUCUUGGAACGUGAUGGGAAAUUGUUGAUUCUGCUUGUCUUCGAGCACUUGGAGCAGGAUUUAUCCGACUUGAUAGAAGCCCUGCCACCCUCCGGCAUGUCGCCCACAAAUAUACAGCGCCUAUCGCGUGAGCUACUGACCGGAGUGGACUUUUUGCACGCCCAUCGCAUUAUUCACCGCGAUUUGAAGCCCCAAAAUCUGCUCGUCUCGUCGCAGGGCCAUUUGAAGAUAGCCGAUUUCGGUCUGGCCAAGACCUACGGCAGGGACAUGAAACUCACCUCGGUUGUGGUCACCCUGUGGUAUCGGGCGCCCGAAGUGCUGCUCGCCCAGGGCUACAACAGCUCCGUGGACAUCUGGAGCGCGGCCUGCAUCAUAUUCGAGAUGUUCAAUCGCAAGCCCCUCUUUCCGGGCAACUCCGAAAAGAAUCAACUGGAUCGCAUAUUCGAACUAACCGGACGUCCCACGGAGCAGCAAUGGCCCAAGAGCGUGUCCGUCUCGCGGGAACACUUUCCGCCACGCAGUCGCAAGCGACCCUCCGAUUUCUGUCCGGAUCUCGGCAAAUUCGCCGACAAUUUGCUGGACCAAAUGCUCUCGUAUGAGCUGCACGAGCGUCCCACUGCGCUGGCCUGCUUGGAGCAUGAAUAUUUCCAGGAGGAGCCGUUGUAGAAUCCACUUUGUAAUGGGGCUGAGUAACCCGUCAAUAUCAAGCGAAGCAUUUAAUUCUUUUUGCUAACAUGUUCCUUUAAUUAAUAUGUAUGUAUUUUUUUUUGUAUAUUGUUUAUCAAGCAUAAAUGUAAUUGUUAAUCAACUGCCGUUAAACGAAACUCGAGGAUUCCGAUCCUGUCUAAAAUGUGAUACACAAAGUUCAGGACUAGACUCAUGCUCAGGCAUAUAUAUUAUAUACGAUAUACGAUAUACCCUAUACAAAUGCUAUAUGUCAGAUGCAACUAAUUAUAUUCAAAAUUGCGCUGUUCGUAAUACCUGUACAACACACUAUAUACACAUGUAUAUAUAUUUAGGCAUAACUAUAAUACAUUAUUUUUAUACACAUUUAUAUAUACACAUAUCUAUUUUUUAGUCUUAAUAUACAUAUAUGCUGUAAGCGCAUGAAAAUAUUGCAUUUAAUAAAGAAAUCAAAUUCAAA